CUGGUCCCUGGGGGUUCUGUGUGUUUCAAACCUUCCUCGCUUCCCUUCACGUGGCAGCGAAAAGCUGCCUUACCGUGGGAGCUUUAAGAAUCUCUUAAAUAUAUCAUGAGGUGGAACUGUUUGGCUGCUUCAAGGCUGGGCACAGGUGGGAUCUUUGUGGUGAAGCAGAGAUUUUUGGGAUUCUGCGUUCCCUGCUGUUUGGUUUUGUCUUCCGUUUUACUGAUGGGGCAGUCAGGGCAGAUUCCUCUGCUCGUCUGAAAGAAUUGCGGAGAUUAAGGUGAGAGAAACCGAGACCAUGGAUGCCCGAUGGCUUGGCUAUCCUGCCUCUGGAGACUUGCCAGAUGAUGAAGACAUUGGUGAAUUCAGGCCUCACUCAACUACUGAUGGGUUAGACAUAGAUGAGGCAUCUGGGUCUGGAGACUACCCAGACUCUGAAGAAACCAUAUAUCUGACCACCAUGGAUACUCCUGUGAUAUCUGACAACUAUAUCCCUGGAGAUACUGAGAGAAAGAUAGAAGGUGAGAAGAAAAACACAAUGCUGGACAAUGAAAUCAUUCCAGACAAAGCUGUACCUGUCGAAGAGAACCUGUCCAACAAGAUCUCCAUGGCAAGCACAGCCAACAGCAGCAUCUUCGAAAGAACAGAAGUCCUUACAGCUCUCAUUGCAGGAGGGGCAGUGGGCCUCCUGUUUGCUGUCUUCCUCAUCCUCCUCUUAGUCUAUCGCAUGAAGAAGAAGGACGAGGGCAGUUACGACCUUGGGAAGAAACCCAUCUACAAGAAAGCCCCUACAAACGAGUUCUAUGCUUAAAGCUCAGCAGCACCUUGUGCCCAUCAAGGGACAAACAGACUGCAUGGAAACACUGUGCCCUCAGAUGAGAUGUGCUGAACAAAUGCUCUUUUUGGAUUGAAUUUCAAAGCGACUUCGAGAAAAAACAAAACUUCCUCCGUGACCCUUCCCUUCCCACUAACAAGGGCCCAAAGAAAUACAAAGAGUCUGAAAAAAACCAACCCAACAAAACAACACCUCAGUGUAUUUUAUUUUUUGUCUAAAGCUAGUGUAAAGAAAGUAUAAAGAUGCCAAUUUUUCUGCUUGGUUUUAGAGUAUAUAAACAUAAAACAGACUGUAUGGAAGCAAGCACCAUGUGUUUGUCUCCAGUGUGCUGUGCUCAGAUGGGCUGCUUCUAUAGAAGGUGGCUUUUUUUCUUACCAACCUUGCUAAUAGAUGUCUUGCAGCAGGCUGUCCAUGUGAAGCAUUUCUGUGGAGAACUAUUUAUGAAUCUCUUACACUACAGAUAAGGUUGCCUUAUCAGGGAGUAAAAAGCCCCAUAGGGGCUCAGAAUCCCUGAGUGCCAUAAAGGGCCUUUGGGAAUGUUUUUGCCAGGAGACUUCCUGUCUAUUCCUGUUGGCCCCAGGCAAGGGUCAUUAGUCCCUGAGAUCAGGACAGCCAGUUUAGUUUGGCAGUAACAACACCCUUUCCUUGCCUUCAGUCCCUUACCUUUUUUUAAGGAUUGCUUGUAGGAUUUUUUUUUUAUAUAACAGAAUUUUAAAGAAAAUAGCCUAAUGUUUAUAUAAAGUUUGUAGAAAUUGUUUUGAAAUAAUAAAACCAGAAUAUCUACUUUUUUAA